AAAACAAUUACUUACAACUACUACUAUUACUAUUACAAUAACAUCAACUCUUCACCCAGAUGAUAAGCAAAACUGUCAUAUCAUGCCUCGUCGCAAUCUCAGCUCUGUCUGGGGUGUCGGCAUUUGACUACAGCAUCAAAGAUGCUGGAAAAAUCGGCCUCACAGAUGUCAACACCCAAAUCGAUGGCCUAAAGACGCUGUUUGUGGGUGCAGAAACAUUUGUCACUGUAUCCAACCUGGAGUGGGAGGAAAGCAACAAUACUAACACAGGUUAUGACAAGCUCUUUUGGGAGACUUCAGUUGGUGGCAUCGUUCAGUCCAAAGGUUCCUUUGACCUUUCCACAUUAUCUAACCGUGAACUUCCAGACUCUUUAGAUGUUGGAACAAUUAAAGUGGAAAGCGCUGGUCGGCACAAGAUUUCAGUAACUUUAUCAGUUGAUGACAGUGAAGAAUCUACAAGUUCUGAGUAUGAAGCAUAUCAAGCAGGUGCUGCAAUUGUUCCUCUCAUCAUUGUCAUGGUGUUGGCCUUUAUGACACAAAUGGUGGAAGUAUCACUCUUCUCUGCUGUGUUUGUUGGUGCCUGCAUGGUUGCUGGAAACCUUAGAGAGGGAUUCAAAUCAACCCUGGAUGAGUACAUUCUCAAAGCUUUGGCAAAUGAAGAUCAUGCAUAUGUCUAUUUGUUCACUUUGUUCCUCAGUGGAAUGGUUGGGAUGAUGGAAAAGAGCGGAGGAAUGUAUGGAUUUACCAAGAGCAUUGCCAAGUAUGCAAAGACAGCACGAGCUGGACAAGUUGCUACCUUUGCUAUUGGUUGCUGUGUGUUCUUUGAUGAUUAUGCCAAUACGCUCUUGGCUGGGGAGACCAUGAGGCCCUUGACAGACCUCCUUUUCAUCUCACGUGAGAAGCUCUCAUUUCUUGUUGAUGCUACAGCAGCACCAAUUGCCAGCAUUUCUCCCAUUUCUUCUUGGGUUGGGACAGAGAUUGGUCUCAUUGACAAUGAAAUUGAAAAGUUGAUCAAGCUGUAUGGUGAAGACAACCUUACAAUUGAGACCUCUGCAUUCGCCGUGUUCCUUGAGUCUAUCAAAUAUCGAUACUACCCAAUCUUCAUGCUCUUGCUUAUGCCCAUGCUCAUCUAUAGCCAGCGUGACCUGGGUCCCAUGCUAAUUGCAGAGAGAAAAACCCAAGUCUACCAACGAAUUGAUGGGGGUGAUGGGAAAGGACCUUCAAGCAAAAAUCAGGAAGGAGGAGCAAAGAAGGAGAAUCAGCCUCGCCCUGAUACACCACAAAAGCCCUGGAACAUGGCCCUGCCUGUUGUCUUCCUUGUUGUCCUCAUUUUCUACUUUUUGGUCAAGACUGGAGAGGACCCCACGGAAGAACGAAGCUUCAUGGAGAAGAUUGAAAACUCGAACUCAUACUCUAGUUUGCUAUGGGGAACCAUGGCUGCCACCAUGUUGACUUUCCUGCUGUAUCAGAUUCAAUUCGUCCAAAAGGGUAAACUCGUCCUUCCUACUUGGCCCGUCAUCAAGAGCAUGUUUGGUCGGUCAAAGAAGCAAGAUCAACUUUGUAAAGAGGGCCACGCCGAACUCACUGAGAACGAAGACCACUCCCACUCUGAAUGUGCCGAAGAUGCUGCCUUCAUUCCUUCUUCCAAGGCUCGCACUCUUGUGUCCAUUUUUGAAUGCGUUGAAGCUUUCCUCUACGGAAUGGCACGCAUCUUCCCUGCCCUGAUUGUCCUUACUUUGGCCUGGGCUUCUGGUGCCAUCAUGUUGGCAGUCGGAGCUGACCGACUCUUUUCGCAGUGGAUUACCCAAGGGAUUUCACCUGAAGCAAUGCCAACCGUUUCCUUUGUCAUAUCCAUCUUUAUGGCUUUGGCAACCGGGACAUCAUGGGGUACGAUGAGCAUUCUCUUUCCUCUUAUCUGCGUCCCAACGUAUCAAGUGUCAAACGGUGAUGCCACAAUCUUCUAUGCUACGGUUGCUGGAAUCCUCAGCGGCUCUGUAGCAGGUGACCAUGUCAGUCCCAUCUCGGACACCACGGUGCUCUCGGCCUUGGCUAGUGACUGCCAGUUGUUGGGUCAUGUAACCACGCAAGCUCCGUAUGCCAUCAUUGUGACUAUUUUGAGCAUCUUGUUUGGUACUCUGCCAAUUGGGAAUCAUGCUAUGCCCAACAUUGUGGGGAUAUUGCUUGGCGCCGUUAGCAUUGUCCUCAUUGUCUACUUCCUUUGUGUUCCGGUGCUCAGCGAGACGGGUAGAUUUGACAUUUUCACCCAGUUGUGGAUUCGAUUGAAGCGAGACACCUCCUUGCAGCAGCUCCAAGAGGACACUGUCAAGCGCCACAAUGGGUCCAUGGAAACGAUGGUCUCAAACAAGAGCGAUGAAGCGAAUGGCGAUGAGGAGGAUAUUGUUGCUGUGAACUGUGAAGAAGUCAAGCAUGUGCCUGGUCGCUUGUCGGAAGUCUCUGUCUGAAUCACCAUGGCAGGAAAUACUUGAAUACUAUGUGUAUGUGUAUGAAUCAAUUGUGAGAAAGAGAAGAAAGAAAUGGUAGCCAGUUAUAAUUGUUAUAGAUGUUUUUGAAACAGUACAUGAUAAUGUUCAUAGACGC